AUGUCUCAGAGUUCUCCCUCAAAGAAAUCUUCUCCUUCCUCUGAAACAGCAUCAGGAUCUAGGGCACCCAAUGUGGUGAGUGAUCAAGAUGUUGUAUUGAAUGUUGUACCAUUGAACUCUGUUCCUGCUACCGAUCCCGUUCGUAAUCCACCAAGAAAGAUGCAUGCAAGAAAAUCAACUGGUGGAUCUGUUCCAGAAACUUUUUCUGUUCAAGGUAGAGAGGGCUCUGCUUAUGUUCACAAUGCGAUUGCAGAUAUUGUCACAAGAAUCUUGAAUGAAGGGCACCAGGUUGAUGGAAUAUCUGUUCCUCUAGCCCAAAUUCCUGCCUCUGAGAACAGCAAAGAUGAUCAAGAUGGUCAAGAUGAUGCUAGCAAAGAUCAGGGUGAUGUUGAGACAUCUGUUGACAACAAUGAUGAGAAGACCCCUGGUGACAAAGAUGUUGAGACAUCUGAAGCUAUCAAUGUUGAAACAUCUGGUACUAAAGAUGCUGAGAUUCUUGAACCUGAGAAAGCUGAAGAGGUUCCUGUUGCUCCUUCUAAAGAAACCCCUAAUGAAGGCCCUACUGUGCAUGAUGUGGUGAAUCUGGAUGAUCUGGAUGAUUCUAUUGACAUUGCUGAUGAUGAGCUCAUCUCUAGCAUCUCUCAUAGAGUCAAGACUCGUAAGGGCAAACAGGUUUGUGAUCAAGAUCUUUCCAAACCUCAAGCUACUCCUCAAGUUACUCCUCAAAAGAAGGUCACUAUAAAGAAGAUCAAGAAGGUCCCUGCUGAACCUUCAACCACUGGGAGCAAGACUGCUGUGAAGAAGAGGAAGGAAAGAAGUGUUUUUGCCCCUGAAGAUGAUGUCUUAAGUGAUUUUGUUUAUCAAAGAAGGCUGGCUCUAGAAAGAGAAUUAGCUAAUGAUGCUCUGGAAUGUCAAGAGGUCAUAAAGCUCAUCAAGUCUGCAGGUUUGAUUAAAACUGUUACUCAUUUCUCUAAGUGUUAUGAAAUGCUUGUGAAGGAAUUUAUUGUGAAUUUGUCUCAUGAUUGUGGUGAUGGAAGAACUGAUAAUUUUCAUAAGGUGUAUGUUAGAAGAAAGUGUAUAGAUUUUUCCCCUGCUGUUAUCAACCUAUAUCUAGGUAGAGAUGUUGAGGCUCAACCUGAGCUUGAAGUGACUGAUAAUGAGGUGUGCAAGGUAAUCACUGGUGGUAAGGUUAAGAAGUGGCCCAUAAAAAGCAAACUGUCUGCUAGUUCUCUUAAUGUCAGGUAUGCAUUGCUGCACAAAAUUGGUGCUGCUAACUGGGUGCCUACCAAUCACACUUCUACCAUUGCUGUUGGCCUAGGAAGAUUCAUAUAUGCUGUGGGAACCAAGACAAAAUUUGACUAUGGGACUUACAUAUUUGAUCAAACUAUGAGGCAUGUUGGUACCUCUGCUACCAAGCUUCCCAUUGCUUUCCCAUCUCUGAUAUGUGGGAUAAUCCUCAAGCAACACCCUGGAAUUCUGAAAAGUAAAGAUUCUGUAUGUAAGAGGGAGAGUGCUUUGUCUUUUCACUACAAGCUGCUGCAGAGGUCUGAUGACAUAACAUCUGCUGGGACAUCACAACCCAGCAAGUCUGUGAACAAAGCUCUUCUUAUUGCUGAGCUGAAAGAGACCUGUCAAGAGUUGGACAACAGGAAGCUGAAACUUGAAAAGCUCAUCCAGAGUCUUGAGCAGUCCACAGAUGAUGGCCUUGCUGGUGAAAAGGAUGGUGACAAUAUGGAUGAAGACAAAGGUGCUGAGGAAGGUGCUGAGGAAGAGGCUGAGGAUGCUGAGGCUGAGGGUGCUGAAAGUGGGAGUAGUGAUGCUGCUGAAGAGACUAGUAGCUCAAGUGAUGACAAUCCUGGUGGCUCUAGUGAUGAAGACAGUGAUGGGUCUGAUGAUUAG